GGCGGCGGCGGCGGCGGCGGCAGCGGCAGCGGCGGAGGCUGAAGUUGCCGGCGUGGUGCUCGGAGUGCGGGCGCCGAGGACCCGGGACCAGGGGCGCGGCGGCGGGUUGGAGUUCAAGGUACUCGUUACGUGUGACGAGGAAGUGAAGCCCAUUCCAUGCCUUGCUGAGAAAGGUUCAAACUUCGGCUGAAUCACAACCAUUUGGCGCUGAGCUAUGACAAGAGAGCAAACAAAAAGUUAAAGGAGCAACUCGGCCAUAAGUGACAGAGAAGUUCGUUGAUAACAUGCUCUUACGAAGCUCUGGAAAAUUAAAUGUGGGCACCAAGAAGGAGGAUGGUGAGAGUACAGCCCCCACUGCUCGGCCCAAGGUCCUGCGUUGUAAAUGCCACCACCACUGUCCUGAAGACUCAGUCAACAAUAUCUGCAGCACAGAUGGGUACUGCUUCACGAUGAUAGAAGAAGACGACUCUGGAACGCCUGUUGUCACCUCCGGAUGCCUAGGACUAGAAGGGUCAGAUUUUCAAUGUCGCGACACGCCCAUCCCUCAUCAGAGAAGGUCAAUUGAAUGCUGCACAGAAAGGAACGAAUGUAAUAAAGAUCUCCACCCCACGCUGCCUCCCCUGAAGGACAGAGAUUUUGUUGAUGGACCCAUACACCACAAAGCCUUACUCAUAUCUGUGACUGUCUGUAGUUUACUCUUGGUCCUCAUUAUUUUAUUCUGUUACUUCAGGUAUAAAAGACAAGAAGCCAGACCUCGGUACAGCAUUGGGCUGGAGCAGGAUGAAACGUACAUUCCUCCUGGAGAAUCCCUGAGAGACUUGAUUGAGCAAUCGCAGAGCUCGGGAAGUGGCUCAGGACUCCCUCUGCUGGUCCAAAGGACAAUAGCUAAGCAAAUUCAGAUGGUGAAGCAAAUUGGAAAAGGUCGCUAUGGCGAAGUGUGGAUGGGAAAGUGGCGUGGAGAAAAGGUAGCUGUGAAAGUGUUCUUCACCACGGAGGAAGCCAGCUGGUUCCGAGAGACUGAGAUAUAUCAGACGGUCCUGAUGAGGCACGAGAACAUUCUGGGGUUCAUUGCAGCAGAUAUCAAAGGGACUGGGUCUUGGACUCAGUUAUACCUCAUCACAGACUAUCAUGAAAACGGGUCUCUUUAUGACUAUCUGAAAUCCACCACCUUAGAUGCCAAGUCCAUGCUGAAGCUAGCCUACUCGUCUGUCAGCGGCCUGUGCCAUCUACACACGGAAAUCUUCAGCACUCAAGGCAAGCCAGCCAUUGCCCAUCGGGACUUGAAAAGUAAAAACAUCCUGGUGAAGAAAAAUGGAACUUGCUGCAUAGCAGACCUGGGCCUGGCUGUCAAGUUCAUUAGUGACACAAAUGAGGUUGACAUUCCACCCAACACCCGGGUUGGCACCAAGCGCUAUAUGCCUCCAGAAGUGCUGGACGAGAGCUUGAAUAGAACUCAUUUCCAGUCCUACAUCAUGGCUGACAUGUACAGCUUUGGACUCAUCCUCUGGGAGAUUGCAAGGAGAUGUGUUUCUGGAGGUAUAGUGGAAGAAUACCAGCUUCCAUAUCACGACCUGGUGCCCAGUGACCCUUCUUAUGAGGACAUGAGAGAAAUUGUGUGUAUGAAGAAGUUACGGCCUUCAUUCCCCAAUCGAUGGAGCAGUGACGAGUGCCUCAGGCAAAUGGGGAAGCUUAUGACAGAGUGCUGGGCGCAUAAUCCUGCCUCCAGGCUGACGGCCCUGAGAGUUAAGAAAACACUUGCCAAAAUGUCAGAGUCCCAGGACAUUAAACUCUGACGUCAGGUACUUGUGGACAGAGCAAGGAAUUACACAGAAGCAUCCUUAGCCCAAGCCUUGAACGUUGAUCUACUGCCCAGUGAGUUCAGACUUUCCUCUAAGAGAGCAAGCUGGACAGACACAGAGGAACCCAGAAACACGGAUUCACCAUGGCUUUCUGAGGAGGGGAAACCAUUUGGGUAACUUGUUCAAGAUAUGAUGCAUGUUGCUUUCUAAGAAAGCCCUGUAUUUUGGGAUUACCAUUUUUUUUAAAGAAGAAAGAUACUUUAAUUUUUACCAAAAUAAAACAAAUAUUGUAGAUGUUUUGAGGUUUAUACAGUCAUAGUUUAAAUAAUAACAAAAGUUCUUCCUAGAAACGUUCCUGGAAGUCAAAAUGUUUUUUCCAUUGGCAAAUUACUCUUGCACUCUAGAAAACAGAGCAGACUGUGAACAUAAAUUAGAAUUCAACUUACCUGCUUCCCUGCUCCAGGCACCUCAGACUGUUUGGGCCAGCCCUGCUAUGAGCUGCCAGUGCAGUGUGAAUGCACAUGCAUACAAGUCCCAAAUGCCUGGGACCACAGUUUGAAAUCCUCUUGCAGCUUCAGCCAGAGUGGAACAAAUGAAGGGUUUAUGUCACUGAUAGGAUUAUGUGUGGGUGGCUUCUUCAGAACCACUCCUGCUUCUGGGUGUGUUAGGCAGCUCUUUUAGGCAAUUCCAGCCCCUCCCCCCCAACCCCUGCUUUCAUUAAACACCAGCAAAGCCUUCUCAUGAGCGGAGAAUCAAUCGACACGGGCAUGCUUUUGUUCUUGUAAAUCAGAAGAUCAAUAUUAAAUAAAACUGUCGCGAGUGUGGUAGAAAGAGGGAGGGAGGGAGAGAGAGAGAGAGAGAGAGAGAGAGAGAGAGAGAGAGAGAGAGAGACAGACAGACAGACAGACAGACAGACAGACAAGGGACUCUUAAAUGGAAGUGAUUGGAGCUUGUGUCAUAAGAAAGACAUACCAGUGAGGCAGAGCCGAGGCUGAAGGUGCAGCAGAUGUAGAUGGCUUGUUUCCUCCCUGUGCCUAAACCCAUCACAGCACCCCAGGAGAGAAGUAUGGAUGCCACAGCUUGUGUACAUAUGUAUAGUUUCAUAUUGCUGUGUUUUCUAAGUCUCCAACUUCAGAGACAGAGAGGAAGUUUCUGUUGGGUUAACGUCACUAGCCUUUACUUUAAAAAUAAGCAGAGGAAAGUGAAUGGGGGACAUCCAACAUCAUGGCUGUUGUGAUUUCUACUAGAACAGAUAUGAGUCCAGUAUGGACCUCUUACCUGGUAUUUCACACCUUAGGUAGGACUCAUUUACUCUUGUAUGCAUUUCACUACUAACUUACAGUGUUUCUGUACAAAACAUCUUGUGAUUCGGUCCUGUGAGGUCUUAACCCUUGACUCUCUGUGCAAAAUCACUGAUACGACCAUUAUUCCAUAGAAACAGAACUGCAACAAAGUGUAAUGACACACGGCCCUCCUCUCAACUUUAUUCAUGUAGUCCCUUACUGUGUUUCUUCCAUAAUGAUUAGAAACUGCCUACUGGUUGUUAAGAAAGUGGAAGAACUUGCUGUGCCUUAGAGAACGGCAAUUCCUUCCAGAAUCCUCCAGGGGUCACUGUUGUCCUAUGCAUCUCACCGCUGGGUGCUUGAAAGCAUGGAGACCUUAGGAAAAAUUGACAGCUGCAGGAGAAAUGAGCAAAUGUUUGACUCUUUUUCUCGAGUAGAUGUUCAGCCGGUGGGCUGUUCAUCUGGAAAAAAAAAAUCCUGAGCUCAAUAUUUUUGAGCUGUACCUGGAGUUUAGGAGAAGUGUAAAGAGAAGCGCUCCUCUGCGUUGUAAUUCACUGUGCGGUGCUGCAGGGCCACUAAGAUAGGUUUUCUCAGUUCUUGAAUUUGAAAAGAUAAAAACAACUGGUUGUUAAUUUAACAGUCAUCACAUUUUGGUCUUACUGAGUCCAGGGCAAGCUAAGCCACGGGAGAGCCUUUUCUCUGUUAAAUUAUAUUUGCCACAGACAGAUUUUCCAUAUAUUUCUACCUAACACGUGCCAGUCAUCUGAGCCUGGGAGGAAAACAUUAUCGCCUCUAGACAGAUCUGUCUACCGACACCUAUGUAAGCAUUUUGCCAGUUAAGUGGGUACGCUUUGGUUUUCGUUAUCUUAGGUUUGAGUGAGGUUGUGGGGAACCUCUUAGCUCAGACUGUGUUUUCCUAUUGGUAGAUUUUUUUUCUUUUUUAAUUGUGGGCAACUUUAAAUCAGAAUGUUUUGGAUGAGGCUGUUGAUGAUGUAAAGUGUUCUAGAUUUCCAGGGUUCCUGUGAAGAACGGGGGGGGGAUUUAAGUGUCCAAAUUCCAUCUAUAUGUUUCGUUUUACUGCUUUGGGGGAAAAAAAAUCAGCCGUUUAUUUGCUAACUAUCAACCUUAUUUAUUCAGUAUGAAAAUCUUGAAAUUAUGGAGAUCCUUUAAAAGAUCCACUCAGUUAUUAUGAAUUUUCAGUAAGAAUUUAUAAUUUAUUUAUGAAUAUAAUUUCUGUCUUAGUAGAGCCUAAUUGAGACAACUAAGUUGUUGUUAAGGACUACCUGUUAUCUUCGCGGUAAUCCAUGAUAACAUUUAAACUUCUAGCAUCUCAGAAAAUAUGCAUUUAUUUUAUCCUUUGCUUCAACUUCCUGCACGUUAAUAAUAUAACUGACUGCUGCUGACCCUCAGGACUCUUUCAAAGAGCAAGAUUUCCUUCUAACUCCUCUCCCCCAAAGGAAUCCUAAAUUAUUAAUUGUUAGAUGAACUUUGCGUAUCCAAGUUUAUGGUUGAUGUGCGUGUGUGUAUAUAUUAUAUAAAUAUAGAGAUGUAUAUGUAAAUAAAUAUGUUCAUUCUGGAGUCUGGCACAACCCUAGUAUGUGGAUUAGAAAGUAAAAUAUUAUGGAUGAUAAAGUCCUAGAUGAAACCUAAUAUUUAUUUAUGGAAGCAUGAACAUUGUUAACUCACAGAUGAAGAGCAGUAAACAAUAUGUCUGACUCAGACAGAGCACCGUGACGUCACUACUGCCUGUUCUUUAUAUUCCCCCAGUGGGAAGCUUCUUGGGGGGACAUGCCGGGUUUUACUUCCAUUGGUACUUAGUAAUGACCAGGUUUCUUGUUCCUCCUCGGGCCACCCUCAUUCAUCAGGGGCUUUCUGUUUUCUGUCUGUUGUCACUCUUCUUGGUUUGUGGGUUGAAAGGUAGUGAGAAUACAUUUUUUUUUAAGCUUGAACAUGUUUUCCAUCUAAGAAAACCCCAGUCUCAUAAAGAACACAAGAAGGGGGCUGCAUCAAAAGUGAUACAAUUGAACAGUUUGAACUAAUUGUUAUAGAAACUAAUGCCAUAGAAACAUAUUAACAGAAAAAUUGGUAAUAUUGGGUGGCGGGGUGGGGUGGGGGGAGGGCGUUCUUUUCUGUCUGUUUCAAAACAAGACUCGUUUGUGUACUUUUGGGGAACCAGUGCCUUAGGGAAUUUGUAUAUACUGUAAUUAUUCACGGUUAGGGAACAAACAGUUGUUAUUUGUUAAAAAUUGUGUAUGAUUUUGUUUUCUUAUUUCCAUCAAUAAAACAGUGUCAUUCUCCCCAU